AUGGGUGAUGCCGGCGGCUCGAAUGGCCGACUCCAUAACGGCCAACAUCCCGCCAUCAACGGAACUAGCCGGCCCUCAGAACCGGACCCUCCAAUGGCCCCCUUUGUCGAACAUCCGGCCGACGUACGAGCUCUAUCGCAGCAGGUCUUCAUCUCGGACUUCGAUUUUCGAAACAGGAGUUUCCGCGUCCGCACCGUCCUCAUAGCUGCCCCCUUCGAGCCCACCAUCACGCAGGUCCAUCUGAAUCUCGGCCGCUAUGCCCUCCUACCAAAUGAAGCCGACUUUUCCGGGGACGUGCUGGUGAACGGCGAGCCAGCUGUUUAUCGUCGAGUCGACCCGCUACAGGAUUUUCCUAUACAAUGCACGUCAAAAGCGCUGCCUGACCUCAACCGCGAGCUGUACAACCGUCACAACGAGUGCAAAGGCGAAUUGGCAAUCGAUAUCCCGAGGAAUUUGCUCCCAGCGGUGCAGAACUUGCGCUGUCUCAAAAUAUCGAUAGAUGUGCUGGUGAAAGCGCCGCAGCUGGGCGUGAAAUUCAACAGCCCCGGCACUGAGAACCCACUGGAGCGCGGUGUCCAUGCUUUUACGUAUCGAACGAGCGCGACGACAGGUACCCGCGAAUGGCUUCCCUGCUUGGACACCCCGGACCAGACGUGCAUCUGGAGCUUCGAGUUCACCUGCGACUCAACCCAUACGGCCGUCAUCAGUGGCGAGCUGCAGGACACGGCGCUGAGCAUGGACACAAUGGAGAAGACGUACAAGUAUAAGCUGCUGAUCCCAACUUCGGCUCCGAAUAUCGGCUGGGUCAUCGGAAACUUAACGCCGUACGGGCAUCCCGAGAUGGCUGAGACGACUAUCUUCUCGUUGCCUGGCAUGCUGCAGCUUGUGAAGCACACCACCGCUCACCUCGAUCGGAUCAUGGAGUGCUACGAAGAGUUCCUCUCUUGCCGCUACCCCUACAAUAGCUUCAAAAUUGUUUUCGUCGAUCAGACCGCAGAUGAAGUUUUAUCGUACGCAACGCUCUCUAUCCUAUCCGUGCACACGCUCUAUCAUCGGAAAAUCAUCGAUGUCGUGCAGGAGUCACGCUUCCGCUUGGCGUGCGCUGUGGCUUCCCAAUUUUUCGGCUGCUUCCUGACGGCAGGCCAUUGGGCUGAUGCGUGGUGUGUGCAGUCGCUUGCCAGAUUCUUGGCCUUCCUGUACAUCGAAAAAGUUUUUGGUCAUUCCGAAGCCGCCUACCACACGAAGAUGAUGUUCAACGAGGUGACCGCGUACGAGUAUCAGUGGGGACAGAUCAUCCUAAGGCCGGAUCUGCGUGCGGGACCCCGCUACGAUUUCCACCAAGACCCAAGGCAUCCGUAUUCGACAAGCGCAACAUACAGCAAAAUCAUGGUCAAGAAAGGGAUGCUGGUCCAGAGGAUGCUCCGGAAACGCGUUGGCCCUGAGGCUUAUAUGCGGAUCCUAAACAACAUGCUCGGCGUCGCCUCACAAAUGGCACAACGACAAGACAAACCGAGCGCGUGGAGCUACCUGGUGGUGUCCACUGAGGGUUUUAUUCGGACGAUCAGCAACGUCACUGGCCAUGACAUGCCGAAUUUCUAUGAUCAAUGGAUCUUUAGUGGCGGUCACCCCCAUUUCGAUGUCCAAUUCGACUUUGUUCGGCGUCGAAAUGUGGUCGAGCUGAACAUACGCCAGGAUUCCUACAAUGGCAACGGCCGCUGUCGCUACAUCGGCUCGCUGGUCGUCUGGGUGCAAGAAGUGGACGGGGCAUUCAAGCAUACCGUUCAGAUCGAUUCGGACAAUGUUAGACAGGACCUGUCUUGCCAUUCGAAGGGACGACGCCAAAAGAAGAAGAAGAUACCAAUCAGCAAUGGGGACGAGGUCGAGUUUGAUCUCAGCAACGCCGAUCCCGAAUCGCCGGUUUUGUGGAUACGUGUGGAUCCCGAAAUGCUAAUCAUCCGCUCACUGACCGUCCGCCAAGUCAAUUUCCAAUGGGAGUACAUGCUGCGCUACGAGCACGACGUUGUAGCUGAGCUUCAGGCAAUUGAUAGACUUGAACUAUUCCCGUCAGCACAAGCGAAUCAGGCACUUCUGGACACUCUGCGGAACACCGAGCUUUACUAUAGGGUCCGCUGCCGAGCCGCAUUCGCGCUCGCUAAGCUGCUGAAUAAAAUCACGGAAGAGUGGAGCGGGGUCCCGGAAUUGAUUCAGGCCUUCAGGAACAAUUUUGGCUGCAAGUCAAACCCAUCGAUCCCGGUCCAGAAUAAUUUCGUGAUGACGACGUCGACGCUGCAGCAAUACUUUUUGCUACAGACCCUGCCCCAAGCUGCCGGAAAAAUGAGGCAUCACAGCAAGAAAACGCCGGUCGAGAUUGUGCAAUUCCUGCUGACGCUGAUUCGAUACAACGACAAUUCUGUGAAUAGAUAUUCGGAUGAUUUCUACCGGGCUGCGCUACUUCACGCGCUUGCUUCCACUAUCGAGAUGCCGGGCGACCGAUUCGGCGACGCGCACAAGCCAGAGGGGUUGGCAGAAGAUUCGCGCCAAUCGUUAGAGGAAUUCUCAUACGCAUUAAAUUUGGACAUUCUAAAGCCGAGCUAUAAUCACGUCGUCGGCAUCGCUGCGUUGGAGGGUAUCAAUCGGCUACAACGCAACGGGCACAUCCCAUGGGACUCGACGCUUUUCUGGAAAUUCGCCCAACAAGGUGUCGCAUCGCCGCUGCGAAAAGCCGCCAUUUGGUUGUUGAUCAAUCGGCUGACGGGUACGCGCGAACGGACCUUGGUGCAGGAUAUGGAUCAACUAUUCGUGAUGAUGCUGGAAGACGAAGAUCCAUCAGUUCGGUCCUACAUCGCCGCCACGCUCGUCUCUAACCCGCCGUUCAGCACCGACAAUAACAUGGACCUCUCCUUCCACCUGAACACAGCCGCGUUUGCGAAUCGACUGUGGGACAUGAUGACAAGCCCGGCCACGGAGCCCGCUGUUCGGACGCUGCUUUGCGACUUGUACUACACCUGCUAUGGUGUAAAUACACCACCUUCAUUGAGGGCGGCCGAUGUAGCCGUGAUGGCUUCAGGGAAAGCCCAAGUCCGAAUCCUCGCGCCCAGCUACCGGCAAUCGCCCCGCCGCGACUCGUGGAACAUCAUGGACGAGUGCCCGCUGUCCCCAAGCUGUGCCGUCUACGCAACGCGAAACGUCAACCUCACCGAUGAUCUACUACAA